AUGGCAGAUACUGAUAAUCGUCUUUGUGAUCAAUCAUAUAUGAAUGGUAUGAUUCGCCAGAUGCUAAUAGAUUCUAUUGAUCAAUCAUUAAUUAAAGGUUUUCGUAUGAUUUUAAUAGGUACAAUAAAUGAUAUACAAGUAGCAAUCAUUUGCCAUUCAGAUUUUGCUGAAGAAAAAUUACUUAGCUUAGUACGUAUGAUAUGUCGAUCAUCACUACAAUCACUUACAAUUCAAACUGAAAAAUCACUUUUAAUUGGUAUUAAACGGAGAAUUGAUACCAAUAUUCAAGAUGCAAGAAUAUCCUUAAAAAUAUUUCUCAAUGGUAAAUUCCAUUCUCAAAUCGUUACGAAUAAAAGUCAUUCAUUUAAAUAA